AUGGCUACAUUCAUCACACAUAAAAUCAUGGGUACCACCCUUCAAACUACCGAGAGAUACACAGACUUGAAAGCACGAGGUGUUGGUGCGUUUGGGGUAAUCUGCUCGGCGCAUGAUUCAAUGGCCAACCGAACGAUGGCCAUAAAAAAGAUAGGGAAACCCUUUGAAAGCUCUUCCCGGGUCAAGCGCACAUAUCGCGAGGUUCAUUUGAUGAACAACCUAAAACAUGAUAAUUUGAUCAACAUGACGGACAUCUUCAUCUCGCCAGCGGAAGAUCUUUAUGUUGUGAUGGAUUGUUGCAUGACAGACCUUCAUCAUUUGAUCCAAUCAAGGUCAAAGCCAUUGGAGGACAGGUUCACCCAGUUCUUCACCUACCAACUGCUGCGAGGGUUAAAAUUCAUUCACUCUGCUGGUGUCAUUCACCGUGAUGUCAAACCUAGCAACAUUUUGAUCACAGAGAACUGCGACUUGAAGAUUUGUGACUUUGGUCUAGCUCGAGAACAAGAUCAUCAGAUGACUGGCUAUGUCUCCACGCGAUACUACCGAGCUCCAGAGAUCAUGUUGACCUGGCAGAGAUACACCUACGCGGUGGAUAUUUGGAGCACUGGUUGCAUUCUGGCAGAGAUGCUCCUAGGAAAGGUCUUCUUACCGGCAAGGGACAAUGUGCAUCACUUCAAACUGAUCACUGAGAUCUUUGGGAAGCCGCCCAGAGAGAUUAUGGAGACAGUUUACAGCGACAUUACGAUGGAUUUUGUGAACUCUCUACCCGAAACAAAACCCCGGUCACUUGGAGCUACACUGGGAGACGUUGACCCUGGAGCCGUUCAUCUCUUGGAGAAAAUGCUCGAUAUAGAUCCACAAAAGAGAAUCACGGCGGCGGAUGCCCUAACCGAUCCAUACGUUUCGAGCUAUUCGGACUCUAAUGACGAACCCGAGUGUGAGAAACAAAUUGACUUGUCUUUGUUGGAUUCAGAAAUGACUACAGAUGAAUGGAAGAGCAAAAUGUAUUUCGAGAUUUUGAACUAUCACACUGGUUCUUAUAACUGGGAAGACACUGACCCCAAAGCUCACGAGGGAAGAUUUGAGGAUUGGCUGCGCCAGGAGAUAAUGGUGGGCACAUAUUAG